GCUGUCAUUUCAUAAAAUAUUGGUGUUUCAAAUCAAUAGUUGAAUUUAGUGGAAAUAAAUGCUGUUUUCUCUAAAUAAAUGCAUUUAAAUGUGAAUAUUUAAGCGUAGAAUUACGUCGCUUGUCUUAAUUGAGCGAUUUUUCAAGACUUGAGUGUAGUAUUAUGGAUUUUUUCAAAGUUAUUUGGUGGAGUAUUAUUCGCAACGCUUCAGCGAUUAUUUCGCUCGGAAAUGUUUUAUUUUGCCAUGAACAUUGAUAGAAAGUGAGUAAAAUGGACCUUUCCCCGGAUGAAGACAACUUCCAAGGCCGUUUACUGCAUCAGGCAGCACUAUGGGACAACGUCGAGCUCCUACAAGAGCUGAUCGCAAACGGAGCGGACGUCGACGCGCGCGAUGCCCGCAGCAGGACUGCGCUGCAUGCGGCGGCUUUAGCGGACCGCAGCCGCUGUCUUCAAGCGCUGUGCGACGCGGGAGCCGAUGUCAACGCUAGGGCCGAGGAUGUAGCGGGAGGAGAGACGGCGCUCCACAUAGCUGCGGAGCGAGGCCACGUGGACAACAUCAAAACGCUACUGAAGGCAGGCGCGGAGCACGACGCGCUGGACGCGGCGCGCGACACUCCGCUGGCGCUAGCGGAGCGGCACCACCGCCGGCACGCCGCCAACGCGCUGCGCGGGCACAGAGGUCGGUGUAGUGUCUAG